GCUGUGGCCGCGGGGCCGGGCGCAUGAGGCACUGAUAGCGCUGGCGGCCGCGCAGCGCUCGGUGGCGUUCGGCUCCCGACGGGACAGCGGGGAGUCAUGUCGUGGCCUCGUCUGCCUGGGGACAGUGCUGUUGCAGAUAUGCAUGAGGAGAAUAAAGCUGCAGCAAAUGGAUGUGGCAAAAUCCAAAGGGGUGCUCAAAAUGGGGCUGCUUUACUUGCCCUGAUGGAGAAGACUGGAUACAGCAUGGUUCAGCAAAAUGGGCAAAGAAAAUUUGGUGGUCCUCCACCAGGUUGGGAAGGUCCUCCACCACCUCGUGGAUGUGAAGUUUUUGUGGGUAAGAUUCCUCGUGAUAUGUAUGAAGAUGAACUAGUUCCUGUUUUCGAGAGGGCUGGGAAGAUCUAUGAGCUCAGACUGAUGAUGGAAUUCAGUGGUGAGAACCGAGGCUAUGCUUUCGUGAUGUACACCACUAAAGAGGAAGCCCAGCUGGCCAUCAAGAUUCUUAAUAAUUAUGAAAUACGUCCAGGGAAGUUUAUUGGUGUCUGCGUAAGCUUGGACAACUGCAGACUGUUUAUUGGAGCAAUUCCUAAAGAUAAGAAGAAAGAAGAAAUACUGAAUGAAAUGAAAAAAGUUACAGAAGGAGUGGUAGAUGUCAUUGUUUAUCCAAAUGCCACUGACAAAACUAAGAAUCGUGGCUUUGCCUUUGUAGAAUAUGAAUCUCACAGAGCAGCUGCAAUGGCUAGAAGACGACUUAUCCCAGGAACAUUCCAGCCCUGGGGUCAUACUAUUCAAGUGGACUGGGCAGAUCCUGAGAAAGUAGUUGAUGAAGAAACUAUGCAGAGAGUUAAAGUAUUGUAUGUGAGAAAUUUAAUGAUAUCUACUACAGAGGACAAAAUUAAAGCUGAAUUCAACAAGUUCAAACCAGGAGUAGUUGAACGUGUAAAGAAGUUGAGAGACUAUGCUUUUGUUCAUUUUUUCCACCGUGAAGAUGCAGUUGCUGCUAUGUCCGUAAUGAACGGAAAGUGCAUUGAUGGAGCCAGUAUUGAGGUAACACUGGCAAAGCCUGUUAACAAAGAAAGCUCUUGGAAGCAACAUUUUAAUGGUCAGAUUAGUCCCAGUUCUGAAAAUCUCUUAGGGUUUCCUAACAAAGAAGAUGGUAGUCAAAAAUCCUUGGGGAAACCAGCAAGUCUUUCAAUUCGUCUUAAUGGUCAGCACAGUCCAGCCCCCCCUGAAGUUGAAAGAAGUACAUACCCACUUUUUCCAGGAAUAAAGCUUACUCCAAUUAGCAUGUAUUCUUUAAAGCUGAAUCACUUCAGUUCUGCAGUAAUGCAUCUGGAUUAUUUUUGCCAUAAAAAUAGCUGGGCACCACCAGAAUAUUGCUUGUAUUCAACCACAAGUCAGGAUGGGAAAAUACUCUUGGUGUACAAGGUGCUUAUUUCUAGUAUUGCAGAUGAUUCCCAGACUUAUUUCAUGCCAGAAAAACUCUGUACAACGGUAGAAGAUGCAAAGGAAUUGGCAGCACAGUUCACACUUUUACAUCUAGGCAGAAGAAAAUGUGAAAUUGCACCGAUACGCUCUGAAUUGUUGGAGAACUCCCACGUCCCUUUCUUUACCCCUGAGCAAGCAUAUAUAACAUUGCUGUCCCUGAAUGCAGCAUGGUGGGAUAGUAAAGUCAACUGCACACCCUACUUGGUUUGAAUUUCCCUGAAGAGGAGAAGUUUGAAAUUUAUUGCUUUGGAUCUUGUUGUGAAAGGAAAGAGACCACCCCACUGAUACAUAAUUACUGGAAAUUCACAUUCCAUGUUUAUUGAUGAAUAAUUCUUCAAAGCGUGUGUAUUAAGCAUUUCAAUUUAAAGAUUAGUGAAAUUGAAUGUUAAAUUGUUUCGGUUAGUUUGAUUAAAUUUGUUUUAAAAGACAAUUUGUUUAAAAGAUUUUUCUUACCUGCAAUGGUCUAUACAGCAGUAAUUUAUAUUUAGUGUUGAAACAAUUUGCCACAAUUCCUACUCUUGUAUUUUCACACAGAAUUUUAACAGCUUCUGUUGUAUGUCAUAAAUCUUAAAAGUAAAAAAAAAAAAUCCCACCAACAAAACAAUAAACACCAUUCUGGCACCCUUGCUUUUUCAUACAUAGACAUGCAUAAAAUGAACUUAAAUACCAUCCUCAAAUUUGUUUCCAUUAACUUGAUGCAAAAUUUUAUAGGAAGAACAUGUCCAAUGAAAUCUUUACUUCUGAUACAGCAGUACACUAAUGGAAAACUUGUAUUUUGAAGGACUUUACAUCAGUGCACCAUCAGGCUACAUUGCUGUAGUCAUAACACUGAGGUUCAGUACCUUAGUUAAUUCUUGGAGACAAAAACAGGCAAAGAAAAAAUAAAUCUUGAUACAGAUUAUAUGUAUUAUUAUGUAGAGCUCACUAGGUUGUAUUUCCUCGUUAGCACCUCUCUGCUGGGACACGUGUGCUUUCAUAUUCAUAGAGGCCUUACUUUUAUCCAGGCUCUCCCUUGAAACCAGCACUUGUGUUUGCCUGUGGUAGCCAUGUGGAACAGCAGCUUGCUCACUUUGCAAUCAGGCCAUGUUCCUCUUAGAAAAACAUUGUUUAGCAUUAAACUGAAAAUAGUUUUUGAUUUUUAAAAUCAGAUAUAUGUAAUUCAUUUUGAGUGAGCCAUCUUUAUAUUUAUUGUGACUAUUUGGCAUUUCUCAGUCAAGUGCUUUAUUUAUUCAAUGACAAAACAAUAACAACCUUUUUUUAACCUUUUUAACGAUAUGAAACUAAUACUGUAGGCCAUUCUGAUUUUUGGAAUUUUAGACAGUUUCAGUUCAUUGACAAGGAAUGAUCCAGGUGGUUAAAAUAUCUAAAGGCCUCACCUAUGCAAAUACUGUUUGUAAGCUGUUGUAUCUGGAAAUUGUUUGUCAGAAAGGAGUAUUAUGUAGACAGAAAACAAUGCAAUGGAUAGAUUUAAAGUUGAAUAAUUUUUAUUAAA